AUGAACAACUCCACAUUUGARCAAACAUCAGAAAUGGKCGAGAAACGCGACUUUGAUAUAACAGUGAUAGUUAUCAAUGCUUUCAGUAGUGUCUUGGCGACUGUUUUGAACCUSUUGRUCAUCGUGACUUUMRUCAAGACGCCAUCUUUGCGAACACCUUCGAACAUUCUUAUUCUUAGUCUCGCCAUCACUGACUUUGGUAUUGGUGCUUUGGUUCAGCCUCUUUACUCUAAAGUCAUAUUUGCAAAUGGCGGAUCACAUUUUUCCUGUGUUAUUUCCCAUGUGUUUUUCUUUAACAUUAUUGUUGAAUACYUUUCAUUGCCUGAAGUUGACUUUGUCUGGAURGUAGUAUGGGAUAUGGCUUAUGCCAUUCUCUUUAUGAACAGUAGUAUCAAUCCAAUCAUAUAUUUCUGGAGAAUACAAGACAUGCGAAAUGCUGCUCUUCAAUUGCUCCCAUAUGUUCGAAGAAACAAUAACAAUGAAAAUGCUGAAAACGACAUCUACGAAUUACAAUGAAAAAAAAAACAACAUUAAUCUUAAUAUCCAGGUAGAAUUUGAGUAAUUUCAACUAAAUCGGAGUCUAAWACAGGCACCGC